AUGGUGUUCAGUGCACCUGUUCCUGGGGUUGGCUCCAGUAAAAGGCCUGUGUCAUGUAUGCAGGAUGAUGUUAACAGCUGGGAUAAUGUCCUGCCUAUGGGUAAAUCUGUGUGUUCAUCAAUCAACAUCCCUUAUGCCUACUACGCCAUGAUCUAUCUUGACAACAUGGGCAGACUUAAGGUAAUCAAAUCUCCAUCUAUCCAGAAGCAUAAUGGGACUGUUUUCACAACCGAAGUCUGUGAAAGGUUUUUGAAGCUCCUUGGUGCCAAGGUCAGAUAUCAACACCCCAAGGUUCAAAGGUUGUCAGCUGCCAGUGCUACACCAUAUAGCUAUGAUCCUUAG